AUGGUCAUCACUAAGCGCAUUGAGAAGGAGACUCAAAAGCUCAAGGAGGAUCCUCCUCCGGGGCUCUCAGCAGUGCCAGAUCCGAGUAAUCUGAGAUACUUCCAUAUUGAGCUGGAGGGACCACAGGGGACCCCGUAUGAGAAUGGAAUUUACAAGUUGGAGAUGUUUUUACCCGAGGGGUAUCCCAUGGAGCCUCCGAAGGUCCGUUUCCUAACGAAGAUAUAUCAUCCAAAUAUCGACAAGUUGGGUCGUAUAUGUUUGGAUAUCCUCAAGGAUAAAUGGUCCCCGGCACUUCAAAUGAGGACCGUCCUACUCUCCAUUCAAGCAUUGCUAUCUGCCCCUGAGCCUGAUGAUCCGCUCGAUACUGGUGUCGCCGAGCAUUUUAAACAUAACAGGGCAGAGGCUGACAGCAUUGCUCGGAGCUGGAACCAGAUAUAUGCCAUGAACAAGAAACAGUUGUGA